CUCAAAGUCGCAAAAAGCCCAAUAAUCCUUUCAAAAGACUGUUGAAACAUCGUAUUAUCCUGUGCGCUUUUCAAAAUUCGAAAGUGCGACGAGACAAAGAAAUAUUCUGAUGCGUUCAGCUGAAAUAUGGUUGGCUCAAUUGUUUUGUUGCCAAGGGAAUUUCAUGCUUGUUUAGUUCCUUCCGCGUGGGUCAUGUAAACACACGAGCGAUCGAUCGUAAACUCAAAUCAAAAACCUGCCUACGAAGCGAAAGCUAGCCGUUCUAUUGAUUAAAGAUAAGCAGAUAAUUAUUUCACAUUUCUAUCUCAUUAAUAUUCAUAUUUUCGAUUAUCCGGACUCUCGAUUAUCCGGACUAUUUACCGAGGUUCCGAUGAGUCCGGAUAAUCGAGGUUCGACUGCACUUCUUGUUUGUACUUGCUUAACUCCAAAUACCUGAGGAUUUGCGAAACCUUUUCAUGGUCUGAACAGAAACACUCUAUAGCGGAGGUAGGGCCAACCAGUCAUUCUAACAUUCCCCAAACAAUAUCUCUCAGCAAAUUUAUAGUCAUCGAUAUAAAACCUCUUUGUCCAUUAUUUUAACAGAACCACGUCAGAAAGCUUUUUUUCAUAACCGAAAGCUUUAUCAUCAGCGCUUUAAGCUCAACCUCAGCCAUGCUGUCUUCCGAAAACCAAAAUUUCUAACAGAACCUUUACGUGACCUAAUAUGUGUCACACGAGUGAUACCAAUAAAUAAUAUCAGCUUAAUUCUCGGAAAAUCAUGAUGAAACAGCUAUACGUGACGACAGAUAGGUCAGCAGAGUACUUGCAUUUUAUACCUUGAAUAUUUUCUGAUAUCUUGUCCACAUAAAAGUCCUAUUCUCUCUCUGAGGUGACAUUGAAAAUCAAUCAAGUAAGUCAUCUAUCUAAGUAGCAGUUUACUCUUUUUAGUCAGUGUCAUGGUACGGACAGUUUAUAGGAAGGUGUUACUGCAAUACUGAAACGAAAAUUUAAAUAUUCAAGGGCGGAAGUUAGUCAUGUGUUGAAUCAAAUAUUCAUCUUUAACAGAGAACUUAAGAACUUUCCUGCAGCAGGUUUUUAACACAGGUUAACGAUCAAACUUGAGCAGGGCACACAAGGAAUCGAACUCAAGCUAACUGUUUAUUGCAGUUAAAAAGUGAAUGCGCCCGCGGAGUUCAGCUGGUUUUAGGGCUCGGCAUAUUGACAGAGUGAGAGAGAGUUCAGUGGAUUCCAUACGCUGUGCUACUACAAAACAUCCUGUUGAACUAUGAUUUCACUUUGUAGUUAAUAGAUGCAAAAUAUAUGAGUAAAGACUACCAAUCGAUCUGGAUCGAAAGGCGAUAAAUAGAUAUGAGAUUCUCUGUAUUGCUUUUCUCUGCCUCGGGAAAUCGAAAGCGAACGCGAAAUUUCAAUGUCACGCUAUCGAAAACCGUUGUGUUCUUGAUGCCAAGCUCCAGGGACAUGGUAGAAUAUCGAUGAAUAGCCAAGUCCUAACAAUUUUCCAUUGAUUAGCUGUUAGCAAAGAAGGCUUAUACAAAUUUCAACGGCUUUGUUAUCUUACAUUUAUUUGUGCCCUGGGGGCUGGAACACAUUCACUUUAAUACAUUUUCCCAAAAAGCAACUAACUUAUCAAUCUUUUGCUCUCCAAUAUUCUACGAUUUUACCGAUGGGUUCAGUUUGUACAAAAUUACUUGGAGCAUUUACCGUAAUCCUUUAACUCCCAACUUUAACUCUCCUCUUUGGCCGCUUAAAAAAUUCUAUUUUAAAUUAGCUAAGAGAAUUUAGUUUUAGAUCAAAUGAACAACUUCUUACUAAUAAGUAUGAGUAUUCUCAUUAUCUUUUGGCUGGGUAAUGUAUGGAUCAGCUCGAACUUACGUGUCAAUCACCCCUGGGAAUUAAAGGGUUAAUAUUAUGGUUGACUACUACGAGCUUAAAUUUUGGUGUUUUUACUAAUUGUAAUGUUGUGGAUUUUAAAACGUGUCAGUCACUUGCCGUGUACAAUGUUUUGGUUUUUUAUUGUCUUUCCUCCUGCUCUCAGGAUAAGAUGACUCCACCCAUCUUGAUAUCUGCACCAGUGGUAGUACACGUUAUCAUUUCUUUUAUGUCGAAAGGAUGUUUCUGUUAUGUUUGGGAUGCGUUGCCAGAUAAUUGUACUUGCGCUCGAAAAGGCCACCCAACUUACAGUUUAUUUACCAUGCCACGAAGGAGAAUUAUUUAUAACGAUGCAAAAGAUAAGUACACCUAUACCUUCUUUCCUUGCGGGCCGGACAAUUUGAUCUCUCCAAGGAAACCGGAUAAGGAAAGUUGCAAGAACGUUGCACUGUGUCAAUACGACACAACGGGAACACCACAUGUAUACAGAGAUAUUGGUGAACAGAAAGACGUUAAGUGCGAAGCCACUGAUGAUUACCCGUUUGCACUGAAAUAUGCUGUAACAUCAGGGCCUUUUACAGGAGGUGGUUCCACGGUCAGAAUCGAGUGCAGUAGUGAUCCUUCCGCUAAACUUGUACCAGUUAGCACCAGUUCAAUAAAUAUGAUAUUUAUCCUCAAAACUCCCUGUGGAUGUCCUAAUCGGUGUUUAGCUCCUACCUCAACUAAACCAGGACCCACAGCCGCGCCCCUAGGUAAGAUGUUUGUCUCAGAUUGGGAAAUGGACAUCCUAUUAUCAAUUGCAGCAGUAGCUCUUUUAGCCAUGUGCCUUUUUCUAUGGUGGCGUGGGUUCAUCAGGUUGCCAUGCCGUAUCUGUCGCCAUGACCACGAUAACCGGGGGGGCGGAGUUGGGGAAAGAGGCGCAUCAGAGAAUACUUCACUUAUAAACGAUCGAGAACAAAAUUAUCACGCUAUUGAACACGAAGACUCUGGGGCAGAGCGAAAUCUAACAGAGCCAGUCCAAGUCGAAGAGGGAGAUGUGAAAGAUGAGUGUAAAUUUGUCACACGCGGCAUCGGAGCAGUUGUUGUUUAAUUUACUCUGUGCCCUAUUGUGUUCUAACGUGUCUAAAGACUCUAAUAAAUUACAGCGUUGAAUAUCUCUGUCUUCUAGGGCAUA